CUUGUACUUGUCAAGUACGUCCAACCAACACGUCUCAAGAUUCGGUCUGGGGAAGUGGCAAAACCGAUACCGGAAGUAACGUCCUGUAAGAAGAAGGCAGAGGACUCGACCUUUUCAUUUUACACAAACAGAAACAGCCACAUCAAGUAACAAUUAAAAAGCAAGCAAAAGCCAUGUGUAUAGCAGUGUUUAUGUGGGAAGCUCACCCACUUUACCCUUUUCUUUUACUACUUAACAGAGACGAGUAUCACAACCGGCCUACCAAGCCAUUGGAAUGGUGGGAAGGAGGAGAGAUUCUGGGAGGGAAAGAUGAGAUGGCUGGUGGGACAUGGUUGGCUUCUUCUAAACAUGGUAAAUUUGCUUUUCUUACUAAUGUUAGGGAGAUUCAAUCAAUCCCUCAAGCUAAGAGCAGAGGAGACCUUCCUGUUCGUUUUUUGCAGAGCAAGAAAAGUCCCAUGGAUUUUGCAGAGGAUUUCGUGAAGGAGAUAGAUCAGUAUAAUGGGUUUAACCUGGUAAUAGCUGACAUUUAUUCCAAGUCCAUGGUGUACAUAACCAACAGACCAGAAAGUAAAAGUUUUGUGACAGAGGUUUCACCGGGAAUCCAUGUACUAACAAAUGGAAGGUUGGACUCUCCAUGGCCUAAGGCUGAGCGUUUGAGCCACAGGUUCAAAGGACUUUUGGAGAAAUAUGGUGAAGCUGAACUUCCCAUGAAAGAGAUGGUCGAUAAACUAAUGUUGGAUACAACUAAAGACGAUGAAAACUUGUUUCCUCACAUUUAUUCUCCUGAGACAGAGUACAGCUUAAGUUCCAUAUUUGUCGAUGUAGAACGUCCGUUGGUAAAUCCACAAACUUACUCUCCUUUGAGACAGAGUACAGCUUAA